AGCGGCACUGUACCGCUCCUCGCUGUCCGCGGAUCCCGUCUCUGCACGCCGGAGCGCUUGCCCAGCGUGUUAAACUGUCAGGCACCACAGGGGCUGUGAGAAGCGCAGCAGUAUGACGGAGGAGCUUGAGGCGAUCCUGUCCCGGCUUGCGGAGCCCGACAGCAGCGCCGUGCAGCAGGCUACAGCACAGCUGAAGGUGGCUUUCAGAGACCCAUCUGUGAUCCCAGCCCUGUGUGUCCUGAUGACCAACUCGCAGAACGAACAGAUCCGUCAGUCUGCUGCUGUGAUGUUGAGGCUCAGAGUAACAAAGCACUGGAGGAAAAUCAGCACUGAGCACAGGGAAAGACUGAAGGCGGAGGUGCUGCGGGCUUUCCAGAAGGAGACCGAGCAUGCGGUGCGUCACUCCCUGUCUCAGCUCAGCGCCGUCCUGGUGAAGCGUGAGUCACCGGACUGCUGGCCGGCACUGCUCGCCUUACUCGAUGAGUCCACUAAGAGCAUCAGCCCCGAGGACCGGCGGGUUGGUUUACUGCUCCUCAGUAAAGUGGUGGAGUCAAACCCGGAGCCGUUCAGGCCACACUACUGCCAGCUUCUGGAGCUGUUUGGGACCGUGCUGGAGGACCUCGGUAAUCCCAGUGCCCUCUACUACUGCAUUCUGACGCUGACGGCCAUGACGGCAUACACGGGCACUGAGGAGAUGGCCCUGAUGCGGUCGCUUAUCCCAAAGCUGAUCGUGGCCAUUGGACGCCUGAUCCAGGCUGAUCAGGACCAGGCCAGCGAGGCGAUGGAGGUGUUUGACGAGCUGAUGGAAAGUGAGGUGUCCAUCAUUGUCCCCUACAUUUCUGAAGUCGUCCAGUUCUGCUUGGAGGUGUCAGCUGACCCAGGUCUAAGCGACUCGCUCCGUGUAAAAGCUCUGUCCUGCAUCGCCUUCCUUGUUAGAUUGAAAAGCAAAGCGGUUUUAAAGCAGAAACUGGUGGGGCCCAUCCUGCAGAUGUUAUUUCCCCUGUUGAGUGCAGUGCCCCCUCCUGGCCAGGAGGACCCAGAAGACCAAGAGCAGGCAGUGGAUGAUGACGGUGACAGCGAGAGCCCAAAACACUUUGCAGCUCAGGUUCUCGACACACUGGCCUUACAUUUGCCCCCGGAGAAGCUGCUCCCCCUACUGAUGCCCCCUGUGGAGACCUGCCUGGCUAGCAGGAACCCAUAUGAGCGCAAAGCCGGCCUCAUGUGCCUGGCAGUGCUGGCCGAGGGCUGUGCCGACCACAUCCGCACCAAGAUGCUGGAGUCAGUUCUGCAGACGGUGUGCAGCUGCCUGUCUGACAGCAGUGUGGUGGUGCGCGGGGCGGCCCUCUUUGCCCUCGGCCAGUUCUCCGAACAUCUGCAGCCGGAGAUCAGUAAAUACAGCUCUGAUCUGAUGCCGCUGUUGCUGGGAUACCUGUCUGCACUGGACCACACGAAGACUGGGCACAUCAACAAGGCCUUCUAUGCUCUGGAGAACUUCCUGGAGAACCUUGGGAAGGACAUCCAUCCAUAUCUGCCCACCUUGAUGGACAUCAUGCUAGCUGCCCUGAGCGAGUCGCAGAACCUGAAGAUCCAGGAGCUGGCUGUCAGCGCAGUGGGAGCUAUUGCCAAUGCAGCAAAGGAGCUGCUGGCACCGUACUUCGUACCAGUGAUUAGCAGCCUGAAGGGUUUUCUGACGGACACCCGGGAAGAGAUGAGGUCACUGCAGACGCAGGCAUUGGACACGCUAUCAGUGCUGGCUCGCACCGUGGGCAAAGACGUGUUCGCCCCCCUGGCGGCGGAGUGUGUGCAGCUGGGCCUCAACCUCACUGACGCUGUGGACGACCCUGACCUGCGUAGAUGCACGUACAGCCUGUUCUCUGCUGUGUCCACAGUCAGCCCUGACUGUCUGACCCCUCACCUUCCAGCCAUUACCACCAUCAUGCUGAUGGCUCUGAAGUCCACUGAGGGAGUCCGGACUCACCUUGAAGAAGACAAGCAGUUUAUCCUGUUGGAUGAUGAUGAAGAGGAGGAGGAAGGUGAUACCAGUUUGGAGGAUGAUGAGGGACACGAGGAAGAAGGCACAGAUGUUGCGGGGUUCAGCGUUGAAAACGCCUACAUUGACGAGAAGGCCGACGCUUGUGAAGCCCUGGGUGAAAUGGCCUUCAGCACAGGCGCUGCAUUCCUGCCUUUUCUGGAGUCCAGCUUCCAGCAGGUCUAUGAGCUCCGUGAUUUCCCCCAUGAGGACGUGCGCCGGUCUGCCUUCAGUGCCAUGGGUCAGUUCUGCAGAGCUCAGCACACGGUGUGGCAGGGGGACCCCACUGAAGAUCACCAGCAGGCCCUGCAGAGGCUGCUCUCUGUGGUUCUCUGCUGCCUUCUGGAGGCUGUGAGGCAGGACCGCGAGAGGCACGUAGUCAUGGCUGCUCUGGAAGCCAUGAAUGCCAUUAUCCAGUCCUGCCAGGGGGAGGCGCUGCAGGGUCCUGACCGGUUGACGGACAUCUGCAGGACCAUCCGGGAUGUCCUAAAGAAGAAGAUCACAUGUCAGGAUGGAGGCGGGGAUGAUGAUAAUGAUGACGAUGAUGAAGAUGACCAGCAGGCAGAAUACGAUGCCAUGCUGCUGGAGUUUGCCGGUGAAGGAAUUCCUCUUUUGGCAGCCGCUGCACCCGUGGACGCUUUUGCCCCCCACCUGCGGGAGAUGCUGCCCCUGAUCAUAAACAAGGCCAAGGCGUCCUGCACGGUGGCGGAUCGCUCCUUCUCUGUGGGCACGCUCGCUGAGAUCCUCCAGGCCCUGGGGAGGGUGCCCGGCGGCAGCGAGGUCGCAGGGCAGUUGGCCUCCCAGCUGCUGCCCGUACUGGUGGGCGGGGCCAGGGACGAUGACGCGGAGGUGCGCAGUAAUAGCGUCUUCGGGCUGGGGGCGCUGGCUGAGGCAGCAGGACCCGCAGUCCUGCAAGACUACCCAAUGAUGCUGGCCCUCUUCUCCUCCCUCCUGUCGAAGGAGGUGGAUGCGAGAGUCAUCGAUAACCUGUGUGCUGCCAUCUGCAGGCUGAUCAUGAGCAGUGCUGAGGCCGUGCCGCUAGAGCAGGUGUUUCCAGCCCUCGUCUCCCGGCUGCCCCUCAAAGAGGACCUAGAGGAAAACCAGACUGUGUUUAGCUGCUUGGCGUUCCUUUAUGGCCAACAGCCUUCCCUGGUCCUGGGCCACCUGACAGCCAUAGUGUCCGCGUACAGCCACGUCCUGAGGUCCAAAGAUGUCGACACAGAAACUCUGAACACCCUGCUGGUAUUUCUACGCAAUGUGGUCGGGCGGAACCCCACGGAGUUUGAGGGUGCUUUGAUGUCACUUCCCCCAGAGCAAAGAGAAGGGCUAACAGCAGCUGUCACUCAGUCAUAGCUGCCAAUCAUAUUGCAGGGGGCGGGAUUCUGCGUUGCUCUCUGAGAAUAGCAGCACUGUCCUGAAGGCAACCCUUUCUCCCUUCAACUCUGAUCCGAAUUACUGUUUUAAUAGUACUGGAUUAGUGUGUACAGUGUCUGGUGAAGGUCUGUGUAAUUGAAUGAGGAAAAGUGGGAGAAUGUUCCUUUGAAAUGCUCUUGAACCCCCUCCCCCCCCCCCCAUUUAAGUGUUAACAGCAUUUUUGACUUUCCCACCAUUGACAUUAAUGGAGCCGUUGGUGGGCGGGGUCUGGAUCUCCAGGUGGGGAGGAUAAUGACCCAAACUCACAAAUAAACCAUUUCUGCUAACUCUGCUCUCCUUUGCAUUUGUUGGCCUGGUUCAUGUUGCCCCCACUGUCUGUCAUGACUAACCAUAACCAAGCUGUGUAUGAAGCGCGGUCUCCUCAUACUGCUCACCUACUGGCGCUGAUGUGUGGUUCAGUGUGACUCGGCUCAUUCUAUAUGUGUCUGCGUUCGAUGAUCUCAGUGGUUGCAGUGACCUCGUAGCUCGCUAGCCCAGAACAGAUGGGGGUUUCCUGGUGUUUCCUUAUGGCUUUAUGGUGUGCCGAACUGGCACCAGCUUAGCAUCAUGCAGCUGCGUGUUUGUGAUGAAGCACAAUGGAUGAAAAUGGCAGAUCAGAAGUAAGAGUUUUGAGCUGCAGCCCACUAUCUGACUUAUGUGUAUUAUAAGUCUUCCAUAUCUGCUCCUCAGAGCAGGGCAUCAUGACUGACCUGGAGACCUUAACUGAAAAUUGACCAAAAAAUAAUCCCAGUUCUUAGCAACAAAAAGAUUUCUGUUUUAAUGAGUUUACAUGAUUUUUUGCAGUAUUUUUCUUUUUACUGUUUGUGAGUUAUCUACAUCUCCUGGUUUGUUCAACCUUCUGCCAUUUGGGUUGGUUUCCCCUGUGGACAAGUGAGGGUCAUUUCCACUGGCUUCAGGUGAUUCUCUGUGGAAUGGAGAAAUUAAGGUUAGGUAGGAGGAUGACACCUGGAAUACUGUGUUGCACAGAAAAUGUUCUUGAAAUGUUCUUGUAAAUGAUCUUGAAGGACCCAUGCUUGCCAGAGAUGUAUUGUUCUGGCCCAAUCAAACUUCAUUAUAUACCGUCAGCCGAAACUGAAACCAGAGCCAAAUACCGUCCAUCACGACGGGGUUUAGUAAGGUGCUGCCAUGUGGGAUGGGGGGGGGGGGUGAGAAUUGGCACACAGGAGUGAAAAAAAUACUUCUGGAUUAUUUGCCUGCUGGAUAACAAAGAAGUAAAAGGGAACCAUUUUUAUGCUUUUAUCUGGAAACAAGCUAGCUGGGUUGGAAGGUCUGAACCUGCAGGAAUCUGAGUCGCCCGAGUCAGUAGGCUGGGAUCUGUGGGAGUUCGUAAAUCAGCUGAGCAAGUAGGUGUGGACCGGUGAGAGUUCGUAAAUCAGCCAGUAGGCUUGGACCUGUGAAAAUUUGUAGAUCAGCUGGGUCAGUAGGCUUUGACCUGUGUGAAUCCAUAAAUCAGCCCGUAGGCUUGAACCUGGUAGAAUUUGUGAAUAAGCUGGGUCAGUCAGCUGGGGGCCUGGGAAUUUAUAAAUCAGGCAUGUGAGUAGGUUAGGACCUGUGGAAUUACUUUAUCAGCUAGUAAUCUUGGACCUCUGGGAAUUCAUAAACGUUGUUGAGUAAGUCAGCUUGAACCAGUGGGUGAAGAACAUUGAGGUGUUGAGGACAAGAUAAACCCAGAAAGUGGUCAGUGUGAGUCUGCCUACCAGGCCAAUGGUGCUUCCAAGGGCGGAUGUCCACGGAGCUGUGGCAGUAGGGGCGGUCGCUGUGCGUCUCGGAUCGAUAUGUGACCUCCUGUGUUUUAGGGUCCCCGGGCCGCUUGGCCUUGACUCGCACCUCCAGAACCACAACCUCCUUCUCCUUCAGCUUCCCCAAUUUGUUCUUCACCCUGGACACCAAGCUCAUCUGCCUUUUCACGAGAGACCUGAAAUGUGCUUAGGAAUCACCUUACAGAAUGACUUGUUAUGGGUAUUUUGGGGGUAAAAACAGAGGAUCCUCAGCACAUGGACUAAGUGCUGCCGACUGAAGACGUCCACGGCUUUCAAGCUAGUGAACGCUGCUGAGCAAAGCGGGCGUGGAGCUGGGCACAUGCAGCACCUGAAAAAGACACAGACAGUGAGACUCACCGCGCAAUGCCCAGGUCCUCCAGCGUGCUGUCCAGGAGGGGAAAGGCCUGCUCCACGUUCAGGAUCUCAAUGGGCAGCCGCACACAAAAGGGCACCUCCCAAAGCACCUCUGCCAGCACCAUGUCCUGCCGCCCCUCUGGUCCCAUGGUGUCUAUCUGUCUGUCUGCUAUUCCCAUGAAUAGAGAAAGUGACCGUCUGCUUAUGGUGUGGGUCAGUCAGUCAGCUCGUAACAGAGCCUCAGCAGAAUUGUCUGCCUUGAUCCCAGUCGCAGUUUCUCUGGGUUUGAGAUGGGAUAAGGAGGUGGUGCCGACCAGAAGCUCUCUUCCCAGGCUGCUCACUUCGCCUCCCUCCGCUUCGUUUAAAUGCUCAGUGUGAACAUGUGUAAUGUGGCAGGAGCUUGUUAAUGUACGAUGCUGUCAGGCGUCCAUGCGCUGACUCAUUGACUGAUGUGUUUACUGCCGUCUCUGCUCCUCCUGUCCUCUCAGGCCUGUGUCUGUGACUCUCAUCGGAUGUUUCUCCUGUUGUUUUUCAACUGUUAAUUCUGAGCCAGCAAUAGCUACCAGACCUUUACAAUAAAAAAUACUAAUCUCAAUGUAAAUAUAAAAAUGUAUGUUUAAUUUGAAAAUUAAAAUGCAUACAUAGGUUA